UGUCUAUUAAUCCAAGAUGGCGCGAGCAACAGAGCUGGAAUGGGCUCCAGAGUCGCUGUACAAUACAGCUAUUUCUGCAGUGGUUAUGGGCUUUAGUAAAUAUAGGAGAGAACUAAGAAAUUUGACUGAUGAUGUUAUAUUUGACGUUUAUUAUAAGCUUUAUGACAAAAAUGGAUUGAUGGACCUUGGAAAUGAAUUUAAAGAGUUGGACAUUUUCUCAAGGGUUCUCAAAGUGAUGAAUAAAAGGGUACUACUACAUCGCUGCUUCCAAGCUAUAAUGGACAAUGGGGCAAACUUAGCUUGUAUAUUGGCUAAUGAGUUUUGCAAACGUCUCACAUUUGAAGAGUUGAGUGAUGAAAAUGCCAAAGGAAGACUUAUGCAGUUGGGGUUUUCACUAGGUGCAUUUCUUUGUGAGGCUGGGUGGUUUGCUGACAGUACUGCAAUUUACACUGCUUGUUUAAAUGCUUGCAUUAAUGAUGAUAGCACUCAAUACAAGUGUAGGGCUAUGGAGUUCGCUGUUAGAUUACUGCACAGUCAGAAUGUAAACUGUCAAUACAAGGAUGCUGAAGAAACUUACAACAAAGCAUUAAAGAUCUGCACUGAUUUAGAAGACAGGGGCCACAAAGUAAACAAAGCCGUUCUUUAUGCUGAACAUUGUGCUCUUUUAUUUGCCCAAAGCAGAUACACACAGGCAUUCAACACUUGUCAUCUAGCUAUUUUAGAGUUAAAUUCAAAUAUGCCUCCAAUGGCAGUUGUCAAUGUCAUGAGGCUAUGUUCUAAGGCAUGUGUAGUUAAAAGAGAAUUUAAAACAGCUGAGCUCUUAAUCAAAUAUGCAGUGGCUUUUGCCAGGGAGAAGUUUGGCAAAUACCAUCCCAAACAUGCAGAUACACUUCUUGAUUAUGGCUUCUUUCUACUAAAUUCUGACUGUGUCAUACCUGCAGUACAAGUGUAUCAGCUUGCACUGGAUAUUCGCCAGUCAGUUUUUGGUGGUAACAACUUAUAUGUUGCUAUAGCAUGUGAAGAUCUAGCUUAUGCAUCCUAUGUCAAUGAAUACAGCUCAGGGAAGUUUCAACAUGCCAAAGAUCAUGCUGAAAAGUCAAUGAGUAUUUUAUGUAAAAUUCUUCCUGAAGAUCACUUGCUCUUAUCUUCAUCAAAGAGAGUUAAAGCCUUAAUACUUGAAGAGAUUGGGAUAGACUGCAAUGAUAAAGAAGAGGAGAAAAAAUACCUAGAAGAGGCCUUAAGUCUUCAUUUAUCCUCAUUACAUCAAGCUCGUUCUGUGUUUGGUGAAGAGAAUGUGCAAACAGCAAAGCAUUAUGGCAAUCUAGGGAGGCUGUUCCAAUCAAUGAAGAGAUAUGAAGAUGCGGAAAAAAUGCACAAGCAAGCUAUAGAGAUCAAAGAGAGGCUUCUGGGACCUGAUGACUACGAAGUGGCUCUGUCUGUCGGCCAUCUUGCAUCACUGUUUAAUUAUGAUGUUUUCAAAUAUGAUGAGGCUGAGAAAUUGUAUUUAAGAUCGGUAAAAAUAGGCAGACAGCUUUUUGGAGAAGGGUAUAGUGGGCUGGAGUACGACUACAGAGGUUUGGUAAGAUUGUACACACAAAGGGGAGACGAUCAACAAGCAGCUCACUACAAUGAUAUUAUCAAUCAAUGGUCAGUCAUCAGGGAUACACAUAAUGCCAGAGAGAUCAACCCCUUAGAGUAUGAGGUUACCAUGACGAUUCCAGAACUAGUGGAGCUUGUUUUGAAAAAUCAUUCAGUCACUAACACCUCCAAGGUGGCAGAUCACAAAGGGGAUGCUAAGGAGAAUGCUGAAAGAAGUACAGGAGAAUGAAGGAAACACCACGUGUCAGUGUUCCCUGUAGGAAGUGGCAGAUUAUAGAUCUAUGCAUUGAUAAAAGGGUAAUCCAAUGUUUAUACAGGUAGUCUUGGAGAUAUGGGUUACUUGCACUUUGGACAUGUGAGCUACCUCCCCUUCCCCUCACAAAUGUCAUGUUAAUGGGUCUCACACAGGUGUCAUGUUCAUCUUAUAAAUGACAUGUUAAUGAAUUUCUUGCAUGUGUCAAUAAAAAAUUGUAGGUUUUUUUAUAAGCAUAAUAAAAUGAAAUUAAGUGCUUUUUUUAAUGUUAUAGAAUUAGACUAUGAAUUAAUUUUGAACAUGAAUUAUCUAUCUGUUCCUUGAAAAAAGAGCGUUAGGUAUAUGUUAUCCUUUCUUUUAAAACGCAUUUAAUUAAUGUUUGUUUUGAUAAGAAUGUUGACACCUACUGAUAAAUUCUAAGUGAAUUGUAAUUUUAAAAAGUGUAUAUUACGCUUAGCCUUUUGUACGCAUGGAGUAAUUUAAAAACUUGACAACAGUUUUUGAGGAUAUAAGAAUAUGUGUAAAGGUUUGAAAAUGAAAUUCAUGAAUAAGAAACAAGACUUACUCCUAAAGAAGAUCAACAUUUAAAUGCAGACAGUCUUGUUAAAGUUAAAAUAUUUUUUUUUCGAUGUAAAAAAAUUAGCUGGGCUUUCUUUUUUUUUUCGUAUUUAAAAAAAAUAUUUAUUUGUGAAGUAAAAUCUGCAUGUAUUUCUUGCUUUUAAUCCAUGUUUUGCUAAUUUUAAAUUUUGUUUUACACUUUAAAUGAACUAUUUUAAUAAGGCCAGUAUUUAUCCUUUUUAAUGUCCCAAUUUUGAAAUUUAAUUUGUUACCUGCACUUGUCUGUUCAUAGCAGCAGUUUCCAAACUGUAAGGUGUGCAUUCUUGGGGAGGUACAAGAAAAGUUUCACAGAAAUCUCAAAGACAUUAAAAAUUAAUAUACCUAAUGUUUUAUCCCCAGAGGUACAGAGUUAAAAUUUGCAAUGAAUCAACCAUUCCAUAGCUAAAUAGUUUUACUUCCUUUUAAAUGUCAGAAUUUUUCUACCAUAGACACCUCACUCCUGAAAAGUGUAAAGUAAAAAGGUGAUGGUUAUAAUGUAGACAAAUUUAGGGUAUACUACUCACUAUGUUGAGGGUAAAAAAUAUAUAAUUGUUUGGUAAGGGUGGAGGCACAAAGUUUUUUAAUUGUAUUUUAAUAAAGACAUUAAGAAGUUUGGAAACUGCUGAUUAAUAAAAAAAAAAUUAAAGGGAGAUAGGUUCCUUUGAUGUGCCUUGAAGGGCAAGAGUUGUGUGUCCUUUAGUAUGUUAACAGAAGCUGUGUGUGAUGUGUACCUUCAGAAUGUAUAUAGUGUUGGCUCUAAAUAGUAUUUUAUUUGAGAAAUACUUAGCCGUAGUGAUAUAUGUAAAAUUAAAUCUGUGUGAUCUUAAACCAUGACGCUACUAAAAACUUUUUUUUUGAAUCUCCAGUAUUUCCCAACCCUUCUGUUUUUUUUCCACAUCUAGGUGUGUGAGAAAGCUGAAACUUGUUUGUAGAAUUUUUUUGCCCCAGAUAUAAAAUAAUGUUCCUUUAAAUCAAUAUGUGCUGAACAAUUAAACCCUUACUGUGUGGAUUUGCUUGGCAUGACUUAAAUUUACCAUACAAUAACCAUACUAUUGCCAUCCCAUAGCAACUUAUUUUUACAUGAAAUGUUCAUUAUCAUUGUCAAAAUCUGUGCAAAGAAAAAUGUCUAGAAAUAUAAAUAGCUUUAUGCCUUUGAAACAUGAUUUUGAAAUCCCCCUCCCAAAAAAAAAAACCAAAAAAAAAAAAAAACAACAACCCAGGUUGUUUGUUUUGGAAAAAUUUAUAUGAAAUGUUUAUAAAUUUACGUUUUUUGAUUAUCAAAAUUGACAUUUAGACCAGGGCUCACACGUGCAAUUCAUUAAUUUCUCCAUUAAGCUAGAAUCAAACUCAGUGUUUUGGUAAUACUAAAUGUUAGUGGUACAAUAUAAACAUUGCACCAUAUCAAGUUUAGAUAAAUUAUUUGUAAAAUACUGUAAUUAGACUAAUUACCAUACUGAGAUUUGUGUUUACUAAUUAAUUGUCUUGAUAACCUAGGCUAGUAUUAGUUUUGAAUGAAGUUGAAUCCCACCCAUUAUGGUUAGCAUGGAUGUAAUCGUGUCAAUCUUAUGCAGAGCUGAUUUUUUUUUUAUUCCUUAAUCCUGUUAGUAUACAUUUAUUUAUGUUUGUAUACAAGUAUUUGAAAACCCAUUAUAGAUAUCUUAUGGCUAAUCUUAAGAAUGUGAUUUAUGUAUAAUAAUUUUUUAAAAUAAAAGCGAUAAAUGACAAUAAUAUAAAACCCAAGUUUUAUUAUUAUUCAUAUAACUUGUAAUAGAUAAUUUAGAUUCUCGUUUUGAGGCUGGCUGAAAUUAUUUUCAUUUUUUUAAUACUAUGUAUAAAGGAUGAAAACAAUAGUUUAAUUUUAAAGGUUCCUAUUUUGUGACAGUAAACAUGAGUAAGAAAAAUAUCAAAUGUGUGUCUAUAAAUAUAACUGUGAUAGGCCUUAAUUUAUUUUAAUUUUAGCAUCAAUUUAAUAGACAAAAAAAAGUUUUUUUUGUAGACUACAUUUAUUUUGCAUAAAUAUAUGUCAAGUAUAAACUUUAUGUAAUAAGUAAACUAGUUUAUUUUUCUAAUAAUUCUUUUGUUUGCCAAAUCCUAGAGCAUGUUUUAAUGUUCUCUUCAGUUUUCUCAACUUUUAAAAAAAUUGUAUAAAAUUUUAUGUAAGUUUUAAAAUUAGGUUUUCUUUUGUUGUUUUAAUGAUUUUUUUUUUACGUUUCAUACAGUGUAUGGGUUCUAAAACUUCUACACAGCUUCUCUAAAAAAAAAGAAACAAUUAGUAUAUGGGGAUAAAAGCAAUAAAAUAAAAAUAAAUGACAGAUUUUUUUUACUAUGUAAAAAAAAUGUUUUUGCACACUGAUUAAAAAAAGUAAAUGUGAUCAUAAAUGUUUGCCAUGAAUUUGUGUGAUUUUUUUUUUAAUGCUGCUCUGUACUUUCAAAUGCUGUACUUUUUUCAACAGUCUCAUUCUGUUUGAUCUGAACAAUGUAAUUGAAAACUUUGCUUUUAGUCAUUGUAUAAAUUAGAAUUCAUCUGACAAGCAUAUCACAACAAAAUAAUUACUUGCACAAGAAAAAGCAUCAUGUGCAGUUUAAGUUAAACAUUACACAUGUUGGAGACGGUACUCUUCUGUGACUCGCCUGCUUCAAUUUUUUUAUUUUUAAAAUUGUCUUUUGUUGUAAAUAAAUACUGCUCUGCAGUUUUGUAAAAAAAAUAAUUGUAAAUAAACUUUAACAGAUUUGAAUUCUGAGACUUCAAAUAAAUAUUGUUUUGUUGGAUUAAAUAAAGAUGUAUGUCAAUAUGAUAUGCCCUAAAUUAUUUGAUGAAAACUCAUUUGCAUUUGCUUAUUUGAUGGUUUGAUAUGCUCGCAAAUUGUGAUUUUGUUGUAUUAUAUAUUCUUUUUAAUUAUGGGUCAAAUUAUAAUUUUGUGUAAUGUAAGCAGCCUUUUCAUCCUGCCAAAUAAAUAGAUGAUUAACAA